ACUCACUGCCAUGGCCUCUCCAUUGCUGCCUUUGUUAGUUGUUCUGCUUGGUGGUUGCUGCUGCUCCAUUGUUCAUGGCGCAGAUGCACAAAGAUACUUAGUCGUAGCACCUAGUUCGCUGAAGCCAUCGGAAAUCUGUUCAGGCCCUAAAGUUACCCCAUCCAAAAAUGGUGCCACGCUGCCACUGGCCCACCGCCACGGCCCGUGCUCGCCGGCCAUCUCCAAAGAGAAGCCGUCGCUGGAGGAAAUGCUCCGCCUGGACCAACAGCGUGCCGCCUACAUCCACGCCAAGGUCUCGGGAAACGGCACCAAGGAGCUCCAGCAAUCUGCCGUGACCAUCCCGACCAGCCCCGGCUUCUCGCUUGGCACCGCGGAGUACGUGGUCACCGUCGGCGUUGGCACGCCCGCCGUGUCCCAGGUCAUGAUCAUCGACACGGGCAGCGACGUGUCGUGGGUGCAGUGCGCUCCCUGCCCCGCGCGAUCGUGCUACUCGCAGAAGGACAAGCUCUUCGAUCCGGCCAAGUCCGCCACGUACGCCGCCUUCUCCUGCGGCUCCGCGCAGUGCGCGCAGCUCGGCGGCGAGGGCAACGGCUGCUUGAACUCGCAGUGCCAGUACUUCGUCACGUACGGCGACGGCUCCGCCACAAAGGGGACGUACGGCUCCGACACGCUGAGCCUGACCUCGUCCGACGUCGUCAAGAGCUUCCAGUUCGGGUGCAGCCACCGCGCCGCCGGAUUCGUCGACCAGGUGGACGGCCUCAUGGGGCUCGGCGGCGACGCGGAGUCCCUCGUAUCGCAUACGGCGGCGACCUACGGCAAGGCGUUCUCCUACUGCCUCCCGCGCCCGUCGAGCUCCGCCGGGUUCCUCACCCUCGGCGCGGCUGGCGGCGCCGCGGGCUAUGCGCGCACGCCCAUGGCGAGGUCCAGGAACGCCCCGACGUUCUACGGCGUGUUCCUCCAGGCCAUCACUGUUGCGGGGACCCGGCUCGACGUGCCAGCCUCGAUCUUCUCCGCAGGCUCCGUCGUCGACUCCGGCACCGUCAUCACGCGGCUGCCGCCGACGGCGUACCGCGCGCUGCGGGCAGCGUUCAGGAAGGAGAUGAAGGCGUACCCGUCCGCGGCGCCCGCGGCCAACCUGCUGGACACCUGCUUCAACUUCAACGGCUUCAGCACCAUCACCGUGCCCAAGAUUGCGCUGACCUUCUCCCGCGGCGCCGUCAUGGACCUCGACAUCUCCGGCAUUCUGUACGGUGGCUGCCUCGCUUUCGCGCCCACGGGCAAGGAUGGCGACACCGGAAUCCUCGGCAACGUGCAGCAGCGCACGUUCGAGGUGCUCUACGAUAUCAGCGGCGGCAGCGUUGGAUUCCGCCCUGGUGCUUGCUAAAUUGUUGUGCAGCAUGGUGAGUUUUGUGUUCCGCGGGAGCAUAUACUACUAUACUAGAUCGCUGCUUUCAGUAAGUUCAAGGGAACCAGAUAAAAGUACUGUAUUCCCGAAGUAUGUAUUUCACUGAAAUUCAUCAGAAUAAACAUGAACCGACAUGUAAAUGCU